ACAUUUGAGGAUCCCUGUUUCUAUGACAACGAAUCAUCUUAAAUAUAACUUUUUAUUUUGAUGAUACUCUACUCUGAUUUACUCAAUACUUAUUUUUUAAAAGAUGUACGUGUAACUGAUGUACAUGUAUAUAUUUAACUGUCCAUUUUAUACAAUCUGAAAGUUUGUUUAUCUUUGCAUCCUAUUUUCAUUAGAUAAACAGUUUCCGAUUUGUUUAUAUCAUUGUAUUUUAACCAGGCAAUAAUUUCAACCGGGAUUUGAAUAUAAUUUGUUAGUAUAAUUAUAGAGUAUUGAAAGAAACAUUUUCAUAUGAAUUUAUAGUGUAUUUAGUUACCGUAGUGUGAUAAAGUAAAUAGAAAAUGUCCAAAUUGCAAAUAAAAAAAUACAGAGCGAUAGGUUUAAUUAUAAGUUUAUUUAUAAUAUAUUUGUUAUUUCGAAAGCAAACUUAUGAAUAUAAAGCGUAUAUAUUCCUACCAAAAGUACAUCCUAAUAAACCAUGGGAAUUUGUUGCCGAUUUUAGUAAUAUGAAGUAUCUGAACCCUACAAUUACAGAUUUCAGUAUAUUAGAUGAAAGUGGCAACUAUGAGCACUGGAAAUACUCCACGGAAUAUUUUGAAAAUCUCUCACAUUGGCCAUAUUUACCGAACCGUUCCGUUGCUCAUUUCGAUAUAAAAGCGUUUGUUAAAAAUAGUGAAUACUAUAUUAAUUCUGUACAUAGAACGUGUUUAUUUAUGGGGUUUUAUUGUUUGAACUCGGAAAGUGUAUUUAAAUUUUCUGAUAACGAUGAAACGAAGGGAGCAUCAUGUGAAGAAAAUGUUAAAUAUGAAUGUCCAAGUAUUUUUUCCCUGUUUUGUAGGAGGGAAGUUAUUUAUCAAAGAAAAUCCAUUAUGAAUAACUUAUAUAAACAUUUUAUUGGAAAUACUAUGCCCGUGUAAUGACUAUAAAUAUAUUUAUGCAUAAAUGUUACAUUUUUUAAAAAAUUGACGGCGUAAAGUGUGAAAUACAAAGAAAAAUAGCAUUUUUUUACAUGUAAACAAGAGAAACUUGUUUGUAUUUUGAUGAAUUUCUUUUUUUAACUUUAGAUCUUUAUUAAAAAUAUGUUUUUUUCGAA